GAAAGAGAGGUCCCCAUUUCCCAAGUUUAUCAAACAAAAAGAAAAAAAAAUCUAAAUUGUUCUCAUCUUGAGACAACCAAUCAGAAUGAACCAUCUGAGUCAGCCAAAGGGUUUAAUAGUCACCAUUUGCCAAUUGUAUUCAUACUCUUUCCUUUUUGGUGCGUUAUUCUAAGAGCCCUAGUCAGAAUUCAAACAUUUGGCAAUGAAAUCAUACAAACUUAAUAACCCUAAUUUACUCAUCUCCACGCACACACAUAAUAAACUCUUCUUAUCCUCUUCUCCAUUCAAUCUCUUAUUCUCUUUUCCUUCCUUCAUAUACCUUAAACAGCAACGUUCUCUGUUCUUCUUCUUCUUUUUCUUCCUCUGUUUUUCUUUCACAACUUCCAUGUUGGACUCGGACACAGACACGGACUCAGGUCCUGUGGUUGCAACAACCAAACUCGUCACUUUCCUCCAGCGUGUGCAGCACACGGCACUUCGAUCAUACCCUAAAAAACAAACGCCUGAUCCCAAAUCCUACAUUGAUCUAUCUCUCAAACGUCCCUACAGUCUCUCCACCAUCGAAUCAGCCUUCGAUGAUCUCACGAGCGAGUCACAUGACCAGCCAGUGCCAGUGGAGACGCUUGAAAAGUUCGUCAAGGAAUAUUUUGACGGUGCAGGGGAGGAUCUGCUGCACCACGAACCAGUAGAUUUCGUCUCAGAUCCCUCCGGCUUCCUCUCCAACGUGGAGAACGAAGAAGUCAGAGAAUGGGCGCGUGAGGUACACGGUCUUUGGAGAAAUCUGAGCUGCAGAGUCUCUGACUCAGUAAGAGAGUCUGCCGACCGGCACACGCUUCUACCGUUGCCGGAACCGGUUAUCAUUCCCGGUUCGAGAUUCAGAGAAGUCUAUUACUGGGAUUCUUAUUGGGUCAUCAAAGGACUUAUGACGAGUCAAAUGUUCACUACCGCCAAAGGUUUAGUGACGAAUCUGAUGUCACUUGUGGAGACUUAUGGUUACGCUUUGAACGGUGCUAGAGCUUAUUAUACUAACAGAAGCCAACCACCUUUGUUGAGCUCCAUGGUCUAUGAAAUUUAUAAUGUGACAAAAGAUGAAGAACUUGUGAGGAAAGCAAUCCCUCUGCUUCUCAAAGAGUACGAGUUUUGGAACUCAGGAAAACAUAAAGUGGUUAUUCGAGACGCUAAUGGUUAUGAUCACGUUUUGAGCCGUUAUUAUGCUAUGUGGAACAAGCCAAGGCCUGAAUCCUCUGUUUUCGAUGAAGAAUCUGCUUCAGGGUUCUCGACUAUGUUAGAGAAACAACGGUUCCAUCGAGAUAUAGCCACGGCUGCUGAAUCAGGAUGCGAUUUCAGCACGCGAUGGAUGAGGGAUCCUCCUAAUUUCACAACGAUGGCUACAACAUCAGUGGUUCCUGUUGAUCUAAAUGUUUUUCUUCUCAAGAUGGAACUCGAUAUAGCGUUCAUGAUGAAGGUUUCUGGAGAUCAAAAUGGUUCAGACCGUUUUGUGAAAGCGUCAAAAGCGAGAGAGAAAGCGUUUCAAACCGUGUUUUGGAACGAGAAAGCAGGGCAAUGGCUGGAUUACUGGCUUUCCUCCAGUGGUGAGGAAUCUGAGACAUGGAAGGCUGAGAACCAAAACACCAACGUCUUUGCGUCUAACUUUGCACCAAUCUGGAUUAAUUCCAUCAAUUCAGAUGAAAAUCUUGUCAAGAAAGUUGUGACAGCUCUUAAGAACUCAGGGCUCAUUGCUCCCGCUGGAAUCCUAACUUCUUUGACAAACUCAGGACAACAAUGGGAUUCUCCGAAUGGAUGGGCACCGCAACAAGAGAUGAUCGUCACAGGGCUCGGAAGAUCGAGUGUAAAAGAAGCUAAAGAGAUGGCAGAGGAUAUUGCAAGGAGAUGGAUCAAAAGCAACUAUCUUGUCUACAAGAAAAGUGGGACUAUACAUGAGAAGCUCAAAGUUACAGAGCUUGGUGAAUAUGGUGGUGGAGGAGAAUAUAUGCCACAGACCGGAUUCGGAUGGUCAAAUGGAGUUAUCUUAGCAUUCUUGGAGGAAUAUGGAUGGCCCUCUCAUCUUAGCAUUGAAGCCUAGAUUUACUAAGUUUAUUGAAAGUUAAAUAACGGAAUUAGACAUUUUAUGUUACAAAAACUUUGGUAGAUUUGAUCGUAGUGGAUUAUUUCUUGGGGUUUUCUGUCAGAACGUUUUAGAGUUACAAAUGUUUUAUGACCAAAUAUUGUAUAUGCAAAUAAAGUUAAAUAUAAUAAGCAUCUAAUGGUACAUGGAAAAACUGGUGGAUUCAGUUGGUUAACACUUGUGAAUAAGAUGACAA